AUGAGCAAAGCCGUUCAGCAGAUAUUCGAGGACUACAACCGGUCCCGGGCGCAGUUCACGCAGAGCAUAUACGACAUGUGUCUGAAGGCACACCACAUGGAGGUCAUAAUCAGCACGGACAUCAUCAUGCUGCUGCGGCCGCUGAUCCUUGACAAGGUUCCCAUCGUGCAGCAGAACGCAACCCAGAUUUUAGGCAAAAUGGCUAGUCACUCGGAGGAAGUGGCUCUAACGAUUUUGCAGAACGAUGUCUUGCCACACCUAGUCUACUGCCUAAAGCAUGAAAAUAAGAACUACAGGAAGAACUGCGCGAAUACUUUGCGGUGUCUAGCUAGCCAUAAUGCCAAGCUAGCCAAUCUCGUAGCGGAGGAAGAAAAUUGCAUAGACAAUCUUGUAGAUUCAUUGGACGAAUAUGACGUACGGUUGAAGGAGGCCUGUCUGAAUGCACUCUGCGCGAUUGGGAAGCAUGAUGUAGAUCUCUCGAAGCAGCUGAUGGCCAAGGGGAUCAUCCCUCUGGUGAUUCUCUCCCUACAAGAGAAGGACACCAAUUUGGUCAGAAGCUCUCUGAACAUAUUAACAGAGCUGAGUAAGCACACCAACGAAAUUGCUAAAGAGGUGGUGGACAAUAAUGCCCUCCCACAUCUCAUCAAAUUUUUGGACCACACAGAUGUGCAGGUAAAACGGUAUGCAUGUAACUGUCUAGCUCAAAUUGCAAAACAUAAGGAAGAGCUAACAGAACUUAUAAUUGAAAGCGACGUAUUUCCGAGAGUCAUAUACCUCCUAAAUGAUAGUGAUGAUGUAGUGAAAAAGAACUGUGCCAAUUGUUUGAAGGAAAUGAGUAAACAUAAUGAAGACAUUUGCAAGAUUAUUGCUCGUGCAGGUAGUCUUCCUUUCCUAUGUGAAUGCAUAGAGCAGUCAUCAAAGGGGGCGGUCAAACUGCCAGCCAUCCUAUGUAUUGGCUUUAUUGCCUCCUUCUCUGAGUCCCUCAGCUUAAAUAUCAUUCUGUCAAAUGCAAUUCCUAUUUUGAAAAAGUGCCUAAUUGGGGAAGAGGAGGACUACAUCAAAGCUUCCUGCGUGUGGGCCGUUGGGAAUAUUGGCAAGCACUCUUCCUCUCAUGCGAAGAAGCUAUCUGAUGAGAACCUCCUCAUAAUUCUUGUCAACUUGUAUAAUGCAAAUGACUCAUCGGAUGACUUGAAGAAGAAGGUGAAGCUCUCCUUCAAGGGCGUCAUUCAGAAGGUCACCGAUUUGGAGUCCCUGGAACCCGUUUUCCUGAAAGCCACGGCCAAGCUCGCCAAAUACUGCAUCUGCCAGUUCGCCAAAAUCAUCCCGAAGAGCCCCGCCCACAAGAAGGCCUUCAUCAAGUCCGGCUGCCUCAAGCGCCUGCAGGAAAUGAAGAACUCCGAGGAGGCCAAGAAAGUCGAGAUGGAGAUAAACGCCAUCAACAAGUCCUUCCCCGAAGACGUCGUCAACUACUACACCCCUGGCUACUCGGAGACGUUAAUUAAGAGGAUUGACCAGGCGGGCAAAAGCUGA